AUGAACCAAGAGGGCGCCACUUUUGUCCACCAUCUGGCUCGCCAGGCCCAGUUGUUAUCCUGUCUACACUGGCUCAGCACAUUCCAAGUGCUGGCCUGUAUACCUCUCACACAAUCUGUUCCCAUCCAAGAUGUAGCCGACCUGGCUGGUGUCCCCGUCUCGCACCUCCUACGCGUUGUGCGCGCAACGGCAACAGUAGGAUUUCUCCAUGAGCCGGAGCCAGAAUUUGUAGCACAUACACCACUAUCGAGCCAGUUUGUCACAAAACCCUCGCUCAUCGAUGCCGUUCUCUUCAUCUGUCAUACUGCCAUGCCUACCGGUCUCCAGAUGGCCGAGGCGACUCGGCUACAGGUGCAUUCGACGGACAGCUCGCCAUGCGCUUACGCCUUGGCCUCUCGCUCGGUCAAGGGCCGUGGUUCUGAGAAUGGCCAACAGCCGAACUUGCAUCGCCAGCUCAUGGCAUAUCAGCGCUUGUCUAACCGUGCUCUGGACGAUUGCGUCACUCAGCUACUCUCAAGCUUGGACUGGUCUCACUUGGAUGGUGCCACGGUUGUCCAGGUUGGCCCUCCCUCAACUGCUGCCGCACGAGCCUUGUCCGGGGCGAAUGCAAACGUUCGCUUCAUAGUGCAGAUGUAUGACCGCCCAAAAGCGGCAAUAGAGACAGCCAACCUUGAGUCCGGCAACGUCGUGGUCCAGCAGAGGAUGAGAGGAGCACCGCAGCUCGUCGAAGACGCGUCCGUCUACAUCAUACACUCUCCGCAUCUGUCCGUGCACCAUACUACUGACGAUCUCCGCACCCAAUUCAUCAUCGAGAUCAAAGCCCAUCUCCGCUUGCUUAAGAAUAGGCCAAACGCUCAACUAAUUCUUGUCGCUCAAGUGAUACCUGAGCCAGGGACCGCUGAUGCCGAAGUCGAGGCGGCCUCACGCUUCUACGACUUGAGUUUGCUGCAGAUGGCAAAUGACCAAGCUUUGGGAUUUGAGCAGUUGGUGGACAUGGUCAAUGACAUCCGUGAUAAUACCGGACGACUCGUCGUCACCAACAAGUUGUGCUCCAGAGACCACUCAGUGGCAGCAUUGCAAGUGAAGAUCGCAUCGUUUGAGGAUGAUCAAGGUAAUUAA